AUGGCACCAGUGGCGCUGGCCCUCAUCCUGGGUUGGUGUCUGGUGGCAGCCAGCAGGGCAUGGCACAUGCCCCGACCCUCCCUGUGGCUGCACCCCAGCCAGGGGGUGUCCGUGGGGGACACUGUCACCCUACGGUGCCACCUGCCCCGGCCAGCUACCUGGGUUUGGCUGUACCAGGACGGAGGUUGGACAUACAGCAAGUACAAGGACAAGGAGAAUAACACUGCGGAGUUCUCAUUCUUUAAGACAAAGUGGGAACACACAGGGAUGUAUCGGUGCCAGUAUCGGGUGUUGGUGCCAUUCGGGACCUCUGAGACAAGUGACCCUGUGGAGCUGGUGGUGACAGAUCACAGGUAUUCCCCUCCUGGCAUUUCCCUGAGUCCCGAGGAACUCACUGGAACGGGGACAAAUUUUACAGUCCGCAUGGAGACAGCUACUAAUGUCACCAUUCUGUGCUGGAACAUGGGCUAUGCAGGAACCAUCCUUCUACACAAGCGUGGGCACUCGGCCCCUGUCCAGCGUCAAGACUACAGUGGUGUGGGCAUGGCCACCUUCAGCCUCUUUGCGGUGACCCUGAGUGACUCUGGCACCUCUGGAUGCUCCUAUCGCCCCAAGUCCUACCCUUUUGUGUCCUCAGCCCUUGGGGACCGCAUGACGCUGGAGGUGACACCUGCAGCUGCACCUCCAGGUGCUGAGAGGGAUUCCCCUGGGAACCUGGUGGUGCUGGUGGUGAGGGGCUGUGCUGCUGCCUUUGUCUUCAUCCUCGGCCUCUACUUCGUCCUCGAUGCCCGCAGCUUCAUGGUAUGCAGAGAUGAGUGAGGAAGGGGUUAAAUGCCUUGGAUCCCCCAUAGAUGCCCUUAGAUGUCCUUCUCCUCUCCUCCACUCCCCUUCAG